AAAACGAUGAAGAUCUUCUUCAAUUGGAUGCAAACUAAGCUUAGCGGAAGAGCAGGGAGCAGCAAUAAGCCCAGUGGGGUUUCAGUUAAUCAUCAAAUCCGGCAAGAACCUCCAAAUGAAGAAUUCAGCGAUUGGCCACAUGGGUUGCUAGCAAUUGGGACAUUCGGAAAUAACAAUCUGAAAGAAGAAUCAGAGAGUGAUAAUACUCAAGAAGAUCCAUCUUCAUCACUAGAACUACUGGAAGAUUUCACACCUGAAGAAGUUGGGAAAUUACAGAAAGAGUUAACUAAGCUAUUAUCACGUAAACCUGUUUCCAAUAAUGAAUCUGAAUCAACAGGAGAAAGUAGUAAUAAUCUCCCCUUAGACAAAUUCUUAAACUGCCCAUCAAGCUUGGAGGUUGAUAGAACAAAUUGCACUAAAUUCUGUGAUGAUUUAGAUGAUAAAGAUCUUCCUUAUCAAGAACAUAUUACCAGUACUACUACUGUGGUCUUGAGUAAAGACAAAGGCACCUGUUUGGAUAGUAAUACUAACAAUGCAAAUGCGAUCAAGAAAAGAUCUGUAACCUUUCUUCUUAAGAAGAUGUUCGCUUGUAGAAGUGGAUUUGCACCAGCUCCCACCUUCACUCCCUGUUUAAGAGAUCCAAUUCCAGAAUCAAGAAUGGAAAAGCUUUUGAGGGCAAUUCUUCAAAAGAAGAUAUAUCCACAAAGUUCUACUCCAACUGCAUCAAUGAAGAAAUACCUGGAAAAUAGACAUAUGGUGGGGCAAGACAGGAAGGAAGAUGACUUGCCCGAAAAAGCGAAAGAUGGCAGUAAAUGGGUCAAGACAGACUCUGAAUAUAUUGUUCUAGAGAUCUAAAGCUUCAAUUUCCAUUUUGGGUAGUAUAUGAU